AUGGUAACUGCUGCUACUGCUGCUGAUUCAACAUCAACAUCAUCAUCAGCGGCAUCAGCACCAUCAUCGCCAUCACCUGGAUGGUAACUGCUGCUACUGCUGCUGAUUCAACAUCAUCAUCAGCGACAUCAGCACACCAUCAGCGACAUCACCUGGAUGGUAACUGCUGCUGAUUCAACAUCAACAUCAUCAUCAGCGACAUCACCUGGAUGGUAACUGCUGCUGCUGAUUCAACAUCAACAUCAUCAUCAGCGACAUCACCUGGAUGGUAACUGCUGCUGCUGCUGAUUCUCAAUGGCUGUUGGAGGACUGCGAUGGACUGCAGGGGCAGCUGCACGGGACGCGUCGGGAACGCGUUGAGCCGGUGAGCGGAGCUCCCCAUCCCUCCCCUCCUCCUGGGCAACGCCUCGUCCACGUCUCCACGAUGGGCCUCCUCCUCCUCCUCGGCCUCCGGCACCUCGGCCACGCCGCCCUGCUCACGGCGCUGGGAUCGUUCGCCGUCGCGGCCGCCGUCAAGAUGCUGUCCAAGCGCGGCUCUGAUGGGUGUACUGACUGGUCUGUAGACUACAAGCAGUACUCCAGCGUGGCUGGUGAACCGGCUCGCGUCCGCUGUGCCCUCUUCUACGGCUACAUCCGCAGCAACUACAGCCUCUCCCAGGCGUCUGGCCUGAGCCUCAUGUGGUACCGCAGCGCUGCCCACGGCGAGGCCGAGGAGCCGCUGGCGCUCGCCGCUCCCCGCGUGGGCAAGGAGGGCGACGCCCUCUGGUUCCGCCCGGCCACCUCGGCCGACGGCGGCCUCUACACCUGCGUGCUGCGCAACACGAGCUACUGCAUGAAGGUGUCGAUGUCGCUGCGCGUGCUGGAGAGCGACGGAGCAGCCUGCUUCGACCCGCGCCUGCGGCACCCCGAGAGGGCCGAGCUGGGCAAGAGCAAGGCCAUCUCCUGCCCCGGCAUCGAGGAGUUCGGCAACCCGGCCCAGUUCUCACUCACCUGGUUCAAGGAGUGCCGACCGAUCGUGCCCAGGCCAAACGUCCAGCAGGAGCUGCUGUCUCUGAUUCUCAAGGAUGUGGGAGAGACGGACGCGGGCAACUACACGUGUGAGCUUAGCGUGGAGGGCCUCAGAGUACGCAGGACAGCGGAACUCACCAUCACAGCUCCUCUCACGACGCGACCGCCCAAGUUGCUCUUCCCUCCGGAGUAUCCUGUCGCAGUGAUUCGCAUCAACCUCGGGCAGCCGCUGAACGUUACCUGUCGGGCUCUAUUUGGCUACAGCGGAGCCGCGUUCCCCUCCGUCUACUGGAUGCGUGGCGAGAGAUUCAUCGAGGAACUCGAAGCCACUCGCAUACGGGAGGGAGACUUGCAGGUGCUGCACGAGCACCUGGGGGAGAAGAGGGUCUCACUGUCCCUACGCUUUGACGAGGUGUGUGAAGACGACCUCGUCAACUUCACCUGCGUGGUGGAGAACUACGUGGGCCGUAGGGCAGGGACGCUGCAGCUUCAGCUCGAAGAGCCGGCUUACAUGCUGCAGCUCAUCCUGGGACUGAGCAUGAUCCUGCUGCUGCUGUGCACCUCGCUCUGCCUCUACCGCUGCUACAAGAUAGACGUGGUGCUCUGGUACCGGACUCACUUCGGCUUCGACGAAGCUCGAGGCGACAACAAGGAGUACGACGCCUUUGUCUCCUACACACGCUCCGAGCCGGCAUCGUGGAGCGGAGACGGUUGCCAUGACGACCUCGUCCUGGAGCUGCUGCCCGACGUGCUGGAGCGUCACUAUGGAUACCGUCUCUUCAUCCCUGACCGGGACCUCAUCCCAGCCAAUACCUACAUCGAGGACAUCUCCCGGGCCCUCGAGCUGAGCCGCCGCCUGCUGCUGGUGCUCACGCCGGCGUUCGUGGUCCGCCGCAGCUGGUCCCUCUUCACGCUGGAGCCGGCGCUGCGCGUCGCCCUGGAGGACGGCUCGACGCGGGUCGUCCUCGUCGAGUGCGGCGACCUCCGCUCGCUCGUCAACUACCACGAGCUGCAGUCGCUGCGCGCCGCCGCCCGCCACCUCUCCGUCGUCCGCUGGAAGCGGCCGCCGCGGGCCGCCGGCGGCGGCGCCGGCGGCGGUGCCGGGGAACCGUCCCGAGAGGACGCCGGCUUCUGGAAGCGUCUGCGCUACGAGAUGCCCGCCAGGAAGCGGGAGUUCGCCGGCGUCGACCCGGCGCUGGACGAGGGGGAGGGCGGCGGCGGCGGCGGCGGCGGCGGCGGCGGGCCGGGGACGGGGCUCGCGGCGGGGCCGGCGGGGGGGCCCGCGGGCGGAGGGUCGCCGCUCCGAGGGUUCCAGGCGGCGGUGAUGCUGGCGGCGGCGGCGGCGGCGGCGGCCACGGGCACCGGCGCGCCGGGGCCGCUCUCGCACGGCGGCAGCGGCAGCGGCGUCGGCGGCGGCGUCGUCAGCGGCGGGAGCUGCGAGUUCGUGGGCCGGCCGUACCGGCCGUUCGACGGCGGCGGCGGCGGCGGCGGCGGUGCGGAGGACGAGCCGCCGGCCGCCGCCGCCGCGGCCGCCGCGGCUGCCGCCGAACUGACGGCGUUUGGCGGCCACCACACGUACUGCAACGUGCCGGUGUCGCUCGCCAACGGCCACCGCGGCAAGGGGGCCGGCGGCGGCGGCGGCGGCGGCGGCGGCAGCUUGCGCCGCGACGGCCGGCCGGCGGCGGCGGCGGCCGCGGCGGCGGCGGGCCUCGGCGGGGGCCUCGGAGGCCUCGGCGGGGGCCUCGGCCUGGGGGACGAUGACGGCGGAGGUGGAGGGGCGGCCUCGACGCUGGGCCACGCUGCGGGGGGCGGCAGCAGCGUCCUGCUGCCCCUGAUCCCGCGCGAGACCAGCAUGUCGAGCGUGAUCUGGUGA